AUGGUCAUCCUCUUGAUCGCCAUUAAGCACGCUACUCUUAGUUUCAACCAGCAUACGAAAACUUCUAUCACUACACCUUCACGUCCAGUCUGUACCAUGAUUCUCCAAGUAAAUCUUGGCUCCCCUCAGACUGUUGUAGGUGAAUCAGCACCUAUCGUAUCUGUCCAUGACCCCGAGCCACCUCGGUAUCAAGUCUUUCACAUAGAGCAUUCCCCAAACGUUCACAAGAUCUUUAUUCCAACUAGCUUCCCUCGACCAGCUGGCUACCUGUACUACGUCACAGACCUCCCUCUUCAAGACCAUCCACAAACCAUACUGCCUGUCACAGCCGACAUCCUCAAUUCCCCAGCACACAUGGGCGAUAUUCACCAGAGUCGAUUCGUUGGAUACAUCGCAUCUCAGGAUCUCGAUCGUAUGAGAGCCAUGAUCAAAGACCAUUCGAGGCCGCUCAGCCCUGUCAAUUAUGCCUCUCUCCCCGAUUAUGCAACCCAUUGUGAAGUUUGGGUGCGUGCCGUCGUUGAAAUGCUUCUUGAUGAUGGUAUUCUCGAAGCGCCUCCUCCAGAACCUGCGACUGCGGGCGUCGGAGUCGCCAAUCUAUCGAUCGGGGCCCUUGAGUUUGCAUGGCAAGAGAGAAUCUUUUGGGGUCUUCAAAGUGACAGGGCGCAUUAG